CUGCCACUAAACAAUGUAACAUUCUAUAAACCUGCACCCCAUGACAACGCCGGCAAUUACAGAAUGACAAAUAUAAUAUUAAUCGAAAAUGUCUAAGGAUGAAUACGUGAUUCGCAUCUUUGAUGGAAUGAUGCAUUCACAAGUUUGACUUAAAGCCAAUUGAUUGGCUACAACAUUUGAGAUGACUAAAUCCCUUUCCAGCAAGCUUCCUAGUCCUUAAUAUUAUCAAGUUGUCACUAACAACAAUCUUUCCCCCACACUUUCCUCCAUUCUUACAACGAAUCCAACGAGACAAAGGAACACAACAAACCUGAAAUUUCCACGUUACAGCACACACCCUUUUGCUCUUAGAUCAUCAGUAGGUGCCGCUCUUCCCCCCAUAUACAUUUAUAUAUAUACUAAAUCCUUACGAAUACACACAUGCAUGUUGAGAACAACCAAAUUAUAGUGAGCAGCUAAAGGGGCAUGGAACAAGCAUAGUUAAACUAUUUGACACACAUCUUUGAGAAUUGAAGAGAAGCAGCAAAAAGAAUGGCGAGAUUGAAGGUGUUGUCAGCUCUUGACACGGCAAGAACACAAUAUUACCACUACAAAGCCAUAAUCAUUGCAGGGAUGGGACUCUUCACUGAUGCCUACGACCUCUUCUCAAUCACUCUCAUCACCAAAAUGAUUGGAAGGAUAUAUUACAGCGACCGACAUGUCGAAAGCCAAUUUGAGACCGAACCGGUGGUCGCAUCCACUUUGGUGACCGUCGCGCUUUUAGGAACCGCCAUCGGCCAAGUCGUGUUUGGCAGACUCGGCGACCUCAAAGGACGACGCCAUGUCUAUGGCGUCGCCUUGUUGUUGAUGGUCUUCAGCUCCUUGGCUUCUGGCUUCUCCAUUUGCAUAAGAAGAACCUGUGUUCUUCUCAGUCUUGGCUUCUUCAGGUUUUUGCUGGGGCUGGGUAUUGGUGGAGACUACCCAUUAUCGGCGACAAUAAUGUCUGAGUUUGCGAACACGAGGACAAGAGGGUCAUUUAUAGCGGCGGUGUUUUCGAUGCAAGGAUUUGGCAUACUGGCAAGCUCCACCGUUACCAUAAUCGUCUGCUCCAUAUUCCGCGCCGCGUCUAAGCACUUGUCGCCGCUUCAUACGCCGUCCGAUGCUGACGUUGCAUGGAGGUUGAUACUGAUGCUUGGUUCUGUUCCCGCAGCCAUGACUUACUACUGGCGUAUGAUUAUGCCCGAAACUGCGAGGUAUACAGCGUUGGUGGAACAAAACGUGAUGCAAGCAGCAAUAGACAUGGAGAGGGUUCUUGAUGUAACACUGAGCCAGAUUGCUGAAGAACAUCCAUUGCCACCACACCCACAUCCCUACCCUCUCUUUUCAAGGGAAUUCCUUCGCAGGCACGGUCGUGACCUGUUUGCAUGUUCCUCUACAUGGUUCCUGGUGGACAUUGUGUUUUAUAGCCAAGUCUUGUUCCAAAGUGAAAUAUACAAGCGCUACCUUGAUGAGAAAGAGGGAGUGGAUGUGUACAGCGAGGCUUUCCAUGUUGCUUGGAUCCAAGCCGUUAUCGCUGCAUGUUCCACCAUUCCAGGCUAUUUCUUUUCAGUUUACUUGAUUGAUAAGUGGGGAAGAGUCAAAAUCCAAAUGAUGGGUUUUUUCUUCAUGGCAUUGGCUUUUUUUGCCAUAGGGAUUCCCUAUUACUCAUAUUGGACCACUGACAAACAUGAGAAAAAUAAAGGGUUCAUGGUUCUUUAUGGUCUUGCUUUCUUUUUUGCCAAUUUUGGACCCAACACAACCACUUACAUUGUCCCAGCUGAACUUUUCCCUGCAAGGUUUAGGUCCACGUGUCAUGGCAUUUCUGGGGCAGCUGGGAAGGUUGGGGCAAUCAUUGGAUCUGUUGGGUUUCUUUGGGCUUCUCAUAGAACAAAGGAGGAUGGGUACCCUAAGGGAAUUGGGAUGAAAAAGUCCCUUAUUAUACUUGGGGUGUUGUGCAUAUUGGGAAUGUUCAUCACUUUCUUUUUCACUACGGAAACCAUGAGAAGGUCUUUGGAAGAGAAUGAGGUUGAUUCUAACGAAGCUGAAGAGAAUAAUGAUCUUUGAUUUAAUGCAGGUUUGUAUGAAGUUUUCAUGGAUUGCUGAAAUCUUUUAUUAAUAAGCGUUAGAUAUCAUAAUAUAAUAUUUUUAUAAAUAUAUCUAACGAGUAUUGAUAAAGGAAAGAUCUACUAAUUUUAUAUGAAAUUUUAUUUGAAGAGUUGUAUAUACGUAAUCUUUUCCUGAAGUCUUCUUAAUUAUAGUCAUGAACCUCUAUUAAUGUUCUUGAAAUUUAUUCCAUAUUUUCUGUAUGAAUUUAGGUGACAAGCUACUUUCUACUCAUGGCCAAAAUUCCUUACUAUUACCAGUUUUGAUUAGAUAAAUUAUUUUGUCAAUCUGUUAACAGUUUUGGUAUUCUCUAUCAAUUAAGUCACAUCAUUCACUUAGCACGAUCAAUGGUUCUCCGUCGAAACUGUUUUUCCUUUUUUUCACUCUCGACAAGAACAAUUAUAUGAUGUUGAGUAUAAAGAAUAGAUACAACUGGCGAGGAAAUAAAAUUAAAGAACUUGAUUUUAUACUAAAUAUAUAUAAGCCGUUACAUAUGAAAAUGUCAACAUGAGCAAUGAGAGACAACGCUAGUUGGCAUUGAUUGUCAUUUCCUUCAUUCUUUUGUAGACUUUCUGCCCCAUGCAUGCAUUUCCAAGAACCUUACAAUAUGAUUUUGAUGUCCAAACCAGUUGAAUUCGUUCCAUAUCCAAAAGAAAAAACCAUUACGUCUUAAUAAUCAAAUUAACAUAGGCAUUAAAAUUCUUUUCAUGCUUAUCCAACACGAGAAGAUCACUCCGCCCCUCAAACUAAAAAAAAUAUUUGGUACAAGUUUUUUGAACAUAAAUCACUUCAAAAUCAAAUAAUAAAUGUAUAGAAAAGAUAGAAUGGGUCAGUUGUAGUUAAAUAAUAAAAUAGUAUGUACAUAAAUGCAUGAACAACGCUUUCGCAUUGAACUUAAAGUUGUGACUGUGGUCACAAUAAUGCCACGGCACCUCGGGAAAGUCAAGUCAACAGUCUUCCCCGGACAAGACUCGGGAACGCUGGAGCCGAUGGAUAAUUACGUAAGGAAAUGUGGUAACUCCUACGUAAGUUCUUUAUAAUAAUAAUAAUUCUUGCAAAUAUCGGAAAAAAUAAUAUGAUAAAAGAGCAAAGAAAGAAUAAUAAAAUGCAUUAUGAGAAUUUAUUAUAUGUCAUUUGUCGUCACAA